UGUUGCAUGCAUUUCUCUCUAUUUGCCAUCUUUGCAUUUAUGCUAUCAAGCUUCCUCUUAAAAUUAGCCCUAGCCAUAACUGCUCCACUUUUCCAGUUGGCUCUGAAAAAGGAAGGAAGAAGUGAUAAGCUGGGGAAGGUGGCUAGUCAACAGCUGUUUCCUCCAAAUACUCGCCAUCAAUACUUUGCUAUCUUCUAGUUCACUCAAGCUUUUCUUCCUGAUACUUUGCUCUAGUGUUUGCCUGUUCCCUGUUAUGUUUACCUCCAGCUUGUCUGGCUUGCUCUGGAGUGCUGGUUCCCAGACCUGAGAAGUUUCAUCUCUUCGGCUUCCUCCUGCUGUUUUCCAUUUCUCUCCUCCUAUGAUCCCAUGGCUCCUUGCUUGUUUACUCCACUUCUCUGGGCCAAGUUCCUUUUAUCAGAUAUAGGAAUAAUGUCCCAAUCCAUCUUGUAAACAUGAUUAAUAUGAUUUAACAGUUUUGCUCAUGGCAAUGAUUGGGCCAUGCUGAGCUGAGUUGGACUUUUAGUGACUUCCUUGUAUGCAGCAAUGCCAUUUUCCUGACAACAAUCCCACAGUAAUUGGCUCUUCUUCUUAUUCAGAGAUUCUGAAGAGUCCUCCAAUCUCCUGAGGACGUCCCUUCCAACUUUUUAACAGUUCCAUCUGGCAUUGUUCACCCCCUAAUCUGAGGUCAGAAGGUGACAUCAAGUCAUAAAGUAAUUCAUUUGGCCUUGGGCUGACCAUGUUGAGGAACUAAAUGAAUUGUUGUUUUUUUUUCAAUAUACAGCAGUUAAACAAACCAUAGUUUUGCAUAUUUUAUGAAUCCAGCUAAUACUUACCAACAUCUGAACCUUGGGUGGCAGCAGAGUCCUGUAUGUUUCUGUGCUCAUCAGAGGUAUCCACAAUAUAGGGUCAAUAUAAGUGAAGAGUGAUGUCAAGAUUGGAGUCCACCAAACCAUGGGGUUCUUCAAUAGUUCUAGAGGGGUAAAGUCAGCUCCAGGGGUCUUCCCCCUCCUGAGCUGACCAGUAAGGGACUCAAUUUCAGACAAGAGCCAUUCAGCUUCUGCAGCUGAGCAGCCCCUGCCAUCCCGCCCCUACCAAGGAGUCCGAGUUAAAGAGCCGGUAAAAGAGUUACUGAAGAGGAAACGGGGCAGCGCUCAAAAUGUCAAAGUGGCUCCUGAAGGCAUGGCGGUGUUUUUCCCUCACCAGUCGCUUCCAUCCUACUCACCCACCGGUCAAGUUUACUCAGAAACAGAUUUGGUCACCUCUUCGCUGCCCCUGAUGGAAGAAGGAGCCCUUUAUUCAGGGUGGUUGAGUCAGCCACCCCCGGCCACCUUGCAACCUCUGACGCAGUGGACCACGUCCCCGGAUUACGUGUCUCACGAAGUGGUCAGCUGCCCUUACACGGCGGACAUGUUUGUUCAGCCGGUCUGCCCCAGUUACACACUUGUGGGGACCUCCUCGGUGCUGACCUACACCUCCCAGCCACUGAUCACAAACUUUGGGGCUCGGUCGGCCUCAAGCCCAGCUGUGGUGCCUCAUCUGGAUGCGAUUGACCAGCAAGCUCCCCUGAGUUACUUCCCCUGGACUCAGCCAAUCCCAACUUUACCAGCAACUUCCCUGCAAUACCAGCCGACUUCAAUGGCCCUCUCUGCCCCCCAGUUUGUCCCCCUUCCCAUUUUAGGAGCUGAUCCACUCCCCCAAGCAUUAGAAGAUACCAGGAAGGAGAUGCCUCCUCUGACGCUUGAGAAACUUCUGCAGGAUGACACAAGUGAUACAUACGAUUUAAACAACAGUCUGCCAGUGGAAGGACUCUGAGACUGGAUUCUUAGCUGAGAGAGCUUCUCUGUAGUUCCAUUCCUUGUUUCUCCUCUUCUUCCUUCCUUCAUUCUCUCUCUCUAUCUUUCACUGUCCUUUCUAGAUGAUCCUCAGCUUCUCUUGCUUUCUUUUUCAAAGUUUCAGAAACAUGGGACAGAAACACCAGGAUCUGUUUUGGAAAAGAAGCUGCAAUUUUGAAUCUUUGCAACCAGAACUUUGCAACCAGAAACAGCCUUCUUCCUUGGAUAACUGCACUGUGGGAAUGAUAAAACAUGCCUCAAAAAUGUGGUCCCCAACUCCUUUUGAGAUGACCAUGCAGAUCUUUUGAGCCCAGUGGUCAAAAACUGGCAGCCAAAUUCCUCCCCCAUAAUCAUAGCAACAAGAACAGCCAAUAUUUGGGGAAACCCUAACAUUACUGUAAAAGUGAAGAGUCCAUUGAAGCAGGGUUGAGUCCUAGAAGGAGUUUGACAUUUCGUAUAACCAAUUGUUUCUCAAAACUGGAGAUAUGGCAUCUCUUGGUGGUCUCCACCCAACCCUUAACCACUUUAAAACAACUGAUCUCGUGAUGGUGGCCAAGGUGGCCAAUAUCUGUAGCUCAGGUGGAAGAUGAGGGUGGAGGGUCAUUCUUGAAGCUUGUCUGUUGAUUUCCAAAUGUUUCAUUACCAGGCUAGGACCCAUCACAAGACCCUCACUUGAUACAAACCACACCUGACCCAUCACAAGACCGUCACCUGACACAACUUCCCCAUAACAAGACCUAUUGACCACACAAAGCCCUUAUAAACAGAAGAACACUGAAACUGGCACCCCCUAAAUUUCACUGAAGAUGUUACCUAACCUGGUAAUGAAACAUCUGAAAAUCAGCCCACAAGCUUGGAGAACGAACCUUCACCCACACAACUGAUCCUCCCUCAGCUCAUUUACUAUCAGGAAGGUCCAUGGUCUUUCACUUUUCAUGAACAGCCAUGAAAUAUUGCGUGUCUCUCCUGCAAAGAGGUCUCUUCUAUCUCAGUGGGCUUGGAAACAAAGAAGUUUAAUGAAAUGCAGACAACUUCUGCAGUCCUGCAGGUGGGACUUCAAGUCUUGCAGGGGUAGAAGGCUGGAGGGACUGCAGACAGUGCAACCAGAAGCCCAGAUUUUUUUUCCCAUACCUCUAAACCAAAUUCUUGUUGAGCAAUUAAGAAGCCCUUACUUGGUUAGAGGUUAUGGAUUCCAUGGCACGGAGUUCAGUUUUUCCCUUUAGAAACCCAACACAGCUCAGUGGAAGGAAGCUGGUUUAUGCUGUGGCAACUCCCCACUUUGAAUUGUGGUAUUUUUCUACCUUUGGAAAAAAAGGUCUUGGCAAAAUAGAUCUUGGCAUUCUUA